AUGUGGAGGGCGGUGGCUGCAGUCCUGCCGAAGGCCAAAGUCCCCACGGGCAGGACGCGCUGCCUGCCGCCACCACAGCCAGGCAGGAGCCUCCUCCGGGGGACCCCUCGGCAUCGCUGUCCAGGAGCUGCUCCAGGGGUCCGUCCCCCGCAAACGCUCAGCAUGAAGCCGGGGAUCCAGAGGGUGGAAGCUUUGGAUGCGGGUCGUUUGGUCUGCGUGGAGUGGGAGGAUGGGAGCGAGAGCCGCUACCCCUGCGUGUGGCUGAGGGACAACUGCCAGUGUCCCCAUUGCUUCCUGCACUCGGCCAGGGCGCGCAAGCUGCUCUUCGAGGACCUGGAUGUGAAUAUUGUGGCGAAAGACGUCGCUCUGCCAGACAGAAGAAAGAUCUCUAUUACAUGGCCCGAUGAACACACAAGCGAAUAUGAAGCCGAGUGGCUGAAAAAACGAUGUUUCUCUGAGGAAGCCAGAGCAGAAAUGCGAAAAGAUUUAUUUUUACCAGAACGCCAGUACUGGGGCUCAGACCUGCAGCUUCCCAAAAUACCUUUUGAAGAAAUCAUGUUGAAUGAUGAAAGCGCAUACAAGUGGCUAUGCACCCUAAAGAAAGUGGGAAUUGUGCUGCUAACAGGAGCUGCUACUAGGCAAGGAGAACUGGUUAAACUUGGCAACAGGAUUGGGUUCCUGCGUCUCACUUUUUAUGGACCAACCUGGCAAGUGCAAGACAAAGCAGAUGCUAACAACGUGGCUUAUACAACCGGGAAACUAUGUUUUCACACUGAUUACCCCGUUCUGCAGCAUCCACCUGGGGUUCAGUUUCUCCACUGUAUAAAGCAAACAGCUGCAGGGGGUGAAAGUGAAGUUGUAGAUGGAUUUCAUGUAGCCAACAAGCUGAAGAAACAAAAUCCUCAGGCGCAUCAGAUCCUGUCCUCUACUGCUGUAGACUAUACAGAUGUUGGAGUCGACUACUGUGAUUUUGCUGUGCAAUGUAAACAAAGGAUUAUAGAUGUGGAUUCCAGAGGAGAAGCAGUUCGCAUCAAUUAUAAUAAUGCAACAAGAGACACGGUGUUUGACAUACCAGCUGAAAAAGUGAGGCCGUUUUAUGCCGCUCUAAAGGAAUUUAAUGAUUUAUUAAACAGUGCAGAACAUAAGUUUACUUUCAAGCUGAAACCAGGAGACAUAGUGACAUUUGAUAACUGGCGUGUGCUUCACGGUCGCCAAAGCUACCAGUCGGGAUCAGAAGUGACUCGUCACCUGGAAGGUGCCUACGCGGACUGGGACGUGGUCAUGUCCAGGCUCCGGCUCCUCAGGAAGAACAUCCUGAAUAGGGACUGAACUUUCUUCUAACCAGAAUGAGCAAAACCUAGAUUGUCUAACCUCAAAGACAAACAAAAAAACAACCAACAAACCAACCAAGUUUUCUUUUCAGAAACUAACAUAAUUAAUUUAUUUUGAGUUCCAUAAGCUAAGGAACCUGUUGUUCAUUACAAUUUAAGAUUUACCCUUGCCCUAGUCUUUGAAUCUAUAAAAUGCAUUGCUACCUCUGUCAGUUCAUUUGCCUUUUAACAAAGUGGCUUGAAAAGUUAUAAUUUAACUGGACUGACUGGGUUUUGCAAAGCCUUCCUUUGUCCCCACAAAUCUACUAGCCCUCCCCAGAAAGCUUAAAAAGGAGCAGCAGAAAAGAGCUUAUAAGUGUUACUUACUAAAGGUUUGUUAUGAACAUCACCUUCCUCCAUUUUCAGAGAGCCAUUCUUUAUUGUAUAAAUCAUAACUAAAAUUCAUUGUAAAAAUAAACCGCUGCCGUGGAGUUAUUUUUAUAUAUACACCCUUCUAGGUAGAACUCCGCCUUAACACAAGAUCUCAUUCAACAGAUGCUCUAUUUUGUAUAUCCCACUGUACAUGUGAUGACUAUCACAGCCGCAAAUAAUUUUUCCUACAUUUUUAAGUCCAUAAGCUCAGAAACUAUAGAGCUACCGGAGAAUGUAUCGUAUCAGUUUUCCUCUGCAUUAGGACUAGAAAUACACCUCAGUGUAGAGAUGGCAGAUAGGGUCAAAAAUCCCAUCAGAUGCUCUGCACAGGUGUAAGAUCUGCAGGGCAGAAAGACUUUUGAGUAAAGUCUGGAAGAGGAAUGUCAAUGCUGCUUGGCAGCUGGAAAGCACAAGACAUGAUUAUGGACUCUGCACCUGAUAGAGAAGAGACUCAGAUGCAUUUUUAUUACACCAAAGAGUAUGUCUCUGAUAGUCUUGGUCUGCAGGAUGUUUUCCUUUAGGUUGCAUUUUGAAUAGAGGUGUUGUUAUGUAAAAACUUCUGCAGCCAAAGUAGUGGUUUUUUCCCCUAUGUUCAGACGCCAAAUUCAGAAAGGAAGUUUUUAUACCCAACAAUAUGUCCACUGAGUUUAUUCUUUACUGUCCUUACAGCUGCAGAGUUAACAGGACGCCCUUUCACCCAUGCUGAGCGCCUGACAAAACCACCACACCUCCACCCUCAGAUCUGCUCUGUUCCACUGUUUAUCUUCAAAAUAUUCCUUGAAAGUCAAAUAAAUUGUAGUCUCUUCCUAGUGGGCUAAAACAGUAGAACUGCCAACACAGGAUUAAAUAACUGUAGAAUUCAAUUUGCUGACACAAAAAAGCCCCAACAUAAGUGAGACACUAACAUCAGCUUGUAAACACUUCCAUAGCUUCUACUUAUCAUUUACAGUCAACAGAUAUCUCAGCUGAAAAAUAAAACUACAUUAGGAUUUAGUCAUGACUCAGCAUGGUGCAGUUCAAAUCCAUUCCUCUUUACUAAGUAGUGAAAUGUUCUUAAUCACAGUUUUGACAUUAAGACAUAGCAUAACAAAACUGGAUUUUAGGAGUAAUCUGAUUUCUCAGUGCCUCCUUUAACAAUAAAUUUUUUGCCUUUUCUAUAAAAAGGAGAAAAUGUGAGGAAAGGUUAAUAUCUAAAUUAUGUAGGACACCAGCAGUACUGUGCUUUAACUGUGAUAUUCCUAAUAUACCAAUUUAAUGAAGAUUGCAAUUUAUAACUUUAAAACAAGACAUCUUGGGAUUUAUACCAAUGGUUAAUAGAAAAGAGAUAUUUUCUGCUUUUAUUCUGUACUUUUCUGCAAACUGUUUUAUUCAAAUUUCUGUUUAUUAAAAGCUACUAUGGAACUGA